AUCUCGUCAGUGUCAUUUUUUUUUCACUUGCAUUUUUCAUUUACGGUUGUUGUGGUCUUCGAUCAAUCGGUCGAUCACUUGUGGACACAUAUGCCACCGUCUACAGCAAACUAGUCCACAGCGAAUGACGGUAAAAGACUUGUAAAAAGCCCAAUUUUAAAAUUGUACUAUCUUUAUGUCUCCCUCCCGUUCCGACCAAGGUACAAACCCAUGCACUCCCACCCUACCAUCUCCCUCGAAAUCUCGCCGUCGUCCAGUGCCACUACGGCUGAAUAGCAUUGGAGUUGAUCCAAGCCUUUUGGUCGGCAAGGUAUUGAUGAAACUCAGCCGUUCUUCAAAACACCCUACUUUAACCCUUGACUUCUCCGACAACACUACAUUUCAAGUUCUUGUUGACGGAUAUGACCCUGUUCAUAGAGGCCUCCCAAAAGAACUUGAAAUGGACUCGUCUCUAGAGCAGCUUCUCAGUACACCUACUGGGCAAGCGGUCGUAGAGUGGACAAUCGAAGAUUGCGCCCUCAUAACCUUGACAGACAAGGCAUUCGAGUCUAGAGAGAAGGAACAACGGUGGGACCAGAAUCAUACCGGAGUCGCAUUUCGCUUCUCUAAAGACCGGAUGUGGCAUUGCGUCUGGGCAACAUUGACUGAUCAUCACGACGGCACAUGUGUUUUUCGCAGCUACGACGAUGUCUACGUUGAUCAACUACAUCGUUCUCCUCGGAAACGUCGUGCACACGUACCUGACUCACCCAUAAAUCUUCGCUGACUUAUAUGUGACCACCGCAUCCAUGAAGUCCCCCUUAGCAUGAGAUUUCCAGAAUCAAGGAUAUUUACUUCCACACAUGGAUCUUGCAUCUGUACCACCAUUGUAUAUCAUCUAUGCCAUUGGACUACGCACCGUGUACAAUUUCAAGGAUGGUGAUCAUC